AGAAGAAGUAAACGAGUAAAAUUCGGUUCUGGAGGGUUCGGCGAUGAAUCAAACGACACCGGAGGGUUCGGCUGAAAUGUCCAAGGCGGACACGCUGCGGGGGUUCGUCACGGAGCGUCUGUCCGCCGCCUCCCGGGAGAUCCUAGCGGUGCUGGAAACCGUGGUGGCCGCCUACGAGGAGGAGGCUUCGGGCUUCAAGCUGGAGAUCCUCCGGCAGAGGAGCGAGCUGGAGCGGCUGCAGCCUCCGGCUUGUGUCGGUGCCCACGCUUUACAGACCAGCAGGAAGCAGGCUGCUGACGAAGAGGAGGGUGGAGAUGAAGAGGUCCAGGAGCCUGUGAAGGGUUCCGACCCAGCUGGUCCCAAAAGGUCUCCAGAGGCUCCGUGUGGAUCUGUGAGCAGGAGGUGUGGCAGAACUUGGACCAGCAAGACCCAGGAGACCAUAAAGCUGAGCGUCGGUGUCCUGGAGGAUCCAAACGUCCGUGUUCUGUCUAAAAACGUGACGAAGAAAUGUCAGAUGAUCGCCGUGACGUGUCCUCCAGGUCUGCAGGAGGACAAAGUCCUGGACCUGCUGAGAUCCUCCGUCCCUCAGCUCGCUGGAGACAAACAUUUUGACAUUUUAGCCCCGGACCAGAGACGGAGGCUUCAGCCUCUGCCACUGAAGAGUCUGACCCCAGAGGAGGUCCAGGGAACCAUGAAGUCCACGGUGUACGUCCGGCUGAAGGCACAAAGUGAAGCUCAGGAGGAGGUUCAGCUUCUUCAGAUGAAGACCAGCAUCUGUGACGCAUCGAGUGAAGGAACAACACAAGACAUGAGCAGGUCUUGUCAGGAGCUUGAAGGCGACUCGUCCAGUUUGCAACAAAGUCUGGAAGCUGAGGAGGAUGAUGAUGAUGAUGGGUCAAUACAACCAGAUGAAGGCUCUGCGGUGCCCACCUCCGCCGGGAGUGAAAGUGACGAUUUACUUACCAGAGGAGACGAUGAAGACGCUUCUGACAGCGACAGCAGCUGGAAACCAGAAGGGAACGAUGAAGAACAGAAGAAGAGGAGGAGAGAGUCCAAACGGUCGGAGACCAUCAAGAAACAAAGACUAAAACGUUUGGACGCCUCCGGGGACAACGGCGCUGCCUUUUCCUGUAAAGUGUGCAGAGCUCCCCUCAGCUCUGAAGUUCUGCUGGUCAGACACGCCUGGAGUCACGAGCAGGAAGCAGGAAGUGUCUGCGGGGUGUGUGGCGAGUCCGCCGAGGCGCUGGCGGGUCAUAUCCAGAGCCGCCACCGAGUCGAGGACUGUCCCAUCUGCGGGGAGUCUUUCCUGGGCGCCCUCAGCCUAAACGAGCACGUGGCAGCACACUCUGGGGAGAAACCGCACAGUUGUGAGGUGUGUGGCAGCUCGUUUGCGCUGAAGGCAACACUUGAGGACCACCAUAAACUCCAUGAUCCAGGUCACAGGUGUCCCACCUGCCACCAGGUGUUCAGCCUGGAACUGCAGCUCAGAGACCACCAGAGGACUCACAGCAAGCCCAGACCCUUCCUCUGCGGCGUCUGCGGGAAACUGCUCUGCGACAAGAGAUCUUUAUCCCGCCACAAGAUGACGCACUCCGGCGAGAGGCCGCACCGCUGUCAAGUCUGUGGGCGGAGCUUCAAGCUCCCCUACACCUUGAAGCAGCACGAGAAGAUCCACACGAAGCGGGAGCGCUCGUACCUCUGCGACGUUUGCUGCAAGAUGUUCCUGUCCAGCAAGCAGCUCAUCAUCCACAUGAGGUCGCACACCGACGAGAGGCCCUACCGCUGUGACGAAUGUGGGCGGGGCUUCACCACCAAGGGGCGGCUGUCCAUGCACCUGCGUGUCCACACUGGAGAGUCGCCGUACCGCUGCUCUUAUUGCGGCCACACCUUCAAACGCAAGUACAACCUCGAUGAGCACCUCGUGAUCCACACGGGUGCCAAACCGCACGUGUGCGGGAUCUGCGGGAAAUGCUGCGCCCGCAAGACGUACCUGACUGUCCACAUGAGAACGCACAGCGGGGAGAAGCCGUACCGGUGUUCCCUCUGUGACUGGGCCUUCACCCAGAGCCACAGCCUGAAAGCACACAGAAAGAUCCACCACGCCGAACGCUCGGCUCUUAACUGA